AUGGCACUGUUUCGGAUGCUUUGGAUCGUGGCUUCGAGUUUGUGGGUGAGUGCAGAGGACGCGCAACCGUGCCCCAAGGGCUACUACUGCCCAGAGCAGACUCGUCAGCCGGUUCUGUGCCCAGCGCGCCACUACUGCCCGGAAGGCAGCGCCGAGCCUUCGCUUUGUCCGUCUGGGCGCGUCUGCAAGGGCCAGGACCUGGAGGCCUUGGCAAACGGAACCUGGGGAGACCUGGUGCCGCUAGCUGCAGGGGGCGGCCACACGGUGGUUGUCUCCAACUUAGGCCAAAUCUGGGCAGCAGGCAAUAACGGCUACGGCCAGCUGGGCACCGGUGGCACUGUCAAGCAACAUGCCUUUGUGCAGGUUGCAUUUGGUGGCAAGAAGAUCGUGGCCGUGGUUGCUGGAUAUGGUCACACCGCUGCGAUCACGAACUCUGGCGAGCUGUGGACUUGGGGCCGUAAUGGUGCUGGCCAGCUUGGCAUUGGGGACACCGCAGAUCGCCAUGACCCAGUCAAGGUGAGCGUGAAAGGCCAGAAGAUCGUGGCCGUGGCUGCUGGAGAAAAGCAGACCGCAGCGAUCACGGACUCUGGCGAGCUGUACACCUGGGGCCACAAUGGUGCUGGCCAGCUUGGCGUUGGGGACACCAAGGAUCGCCAUGCCCCAGUGAAGGUGAGCGUGAACGGCCAGAAGAUCGUGGCCGUGGCUGCUGGAAAAAAGCACACCGCUGCGAUCACGGACUCUGGCGAGUUGUGGACCUGGGGCCACAAUGGUGUCUUUCAGCUCGGCAUUGGUGACACCACGAAUCGCCAUGCCCCAGUAAAGGUGAGCGUGAACGGCCAGAAGAUCGCGGCCGUGGCUGCUGGAGACUACCACACCGCUGCAAUCACGGACUCCGGCGAGCUGUGGACCUGGGGCUACAAUGUUUUUGGCCAGCUUGGCGUUGGGGACACCACGAAUCACCAUGCCCCAGUGAAGGUGAGCGUGAACGGCCAGCAGAUCGUGGCAGUGGCUGCUGGGUAUUUUCACACCGCUGCGAUCACGGACUCUGGCAAACUGUGGACAUGGGACAACAAUGAUGCUGGCCAGCUCGGCAUUGGAG